AUGGGGCAUAUUGUCGAGCAGUGCACCCAGGCUCUGAGUAAAUUUAUCAAACCUCAAUCGUCACGGCAACUAGCAGUGGAUUUGAGUAGGGACAAAGCGAAGGACACGUCUUCGCUUGCUUUGAGGGAGCAGAUGCGCGAGGAGCAGCUAAUUCAGCAAAUGGAGGACGAAAGCUCGAAUGACGCCGAUGAAGACGAUGACGACGACGUGAUAAUUGAACCCAAAAGUCCUCCGAUAUUUGUCAGCAGACAGCCUAAACACCCAGAGGAGGCAGAUAUCGCUAUAGUCAAAGUAGAGUCCGUGUCCGAAAUGGAGGAAAACGAAAUCACGCGGCAGUUUCUAGCAAGUCCGGCCGCAUCCUUGAGAUCUCCCGAACCGCAACAUUCUCUGAUAAACUCAACAGUGGACAGUAGGGGCAGCGACAUUGCCCUUCCUCCCGCUCUGUCUAACUUUCCUUUAAGCCCGCCUCCGUCCUCGCCGUCCAACGAGAAAUCUCACCAAAGAAGCUACGACAAGCCGCCGCAAUGGUACCACCAAUGCCCCAAGUGCGCAAGAGUUUUCCGGCAAUUGGAAAACUACGCCAACCACUUGAAAAUGCACAAGCUGUUCAUGUGCCUGCUGUGCGGAAAGACGUUCACGCAGAAGGGGAACCUGCAUCGGCACAUGCGGGUGCACGCGGGCAUCAAACCGUUUCAUUGUAAAAUUUGCGGGAAGACGUUUACGCAGAAGUGCUCGCUGCUCGAUCACCUGAAUCUGCACAGCGGGGACAAACCGCACAGAUGCAACUACUGCGACAUGGUGUUUGCGCAUAAACCCGUGCUGAGAAAACACCUCAAGCAAAUACACGGAAAGAACAGCUUUGAUAACGCCAACGAGCGCAACAUGCACGAAGGCGUGGAUUAUGAACUCGGACAAAUUGUUCAAGAUGUAAUGUUGAGCUAG